UAAUUAAUUGCACAGACAACAAGACAAAAGUCUUAUAUCUCGUGUAUUACAAUACCAAAGUGGAUAGUAUUAACUACAUGGUCUCUCCCAAAUUCUUGAAUCUACAGAGAAAAAGAAAUGCUUUCAACAACUCUUAGUGGCAACUAUGGCUUCCCUCUUUGCAUCUCUGGGAUCUCUCGGCAGCUAUCUCUCACCAAAGAAAUGGCAGAUCAUGACAAGAGGAGGAAGGUGAUGAAGAAGAAAAGGAGAUCAGAAGGCAAAGGUGAAUCCAGGAGAAAUGGUGCAGAAGAAGAAAUGGGUGUGGAGAGAUUCCAUGAGCAAUUAUGGCUCCAAGAGAUGAGAGAGAGUGAAGAUGUUAGAGAUCUAGUUGCUUUAUUCCAAGAUCUAGGGUCAUGGAGCUUUUCUUCUCACACAGCUAAAGCUGCCUAAAAGAAACCCCCAAAACUCUCUUAGAUCUCACUGAGAUGUUGCUUGUUGUAAAACUGCAGAUCAAAAAAUCUAUAAAAAUAUUCCUGAAUGUUUCCACUGUUGUUGUUGA